AUGGGGGUCACCGGUUACCAGUUUACAGGAAUGGCCAAAGUAAUUGAUUUGGUACCAUGGCCUGAAGAUGGCCAUCCUGUCUACACAGCCCCAGCAGUGCUACUGCCCCUGGACCCUAGGAAAGCCAUGCUGGCUGGAGUAAAGGACAGGCUUUUCCACCCAGACCUGCCAACCUUACGGCAAAUGGACAUGGACUCAGCAGGGAACAAACUCCCAGAUGAACAUUCCAGGACAACCACCACGUGCACCAAAGAGGAUUUUGCCAACGCAUCCUUCACUCUGGUGGGAGUCCCCAACAAGCGCCUCCCGUCCCUGGGGAUGACCGAGCUGGGCCAGUCGCUCACUGCAAGGUACCGAGCAGGGAAGAUGGCUCCACUCACUCCCAGCACUAACCACGAGGAAUGGCCAAGCUACACGCGGGCUAUGGAUGACUGGUCACGAUUCGUCUCCUCUGCUGGAGAAUUCAAGCUACCCAGCGUGAAUAAGAAAGUGCUUGGGUUCAGCUGUUAUGCUGUUAGGUACUUAAAGCCAGAUGUGUCUCAGACGUGGAGGUACUGCCUCAAUCAGAACCCCAGCCUGGACAGAUAUGGACAAAAGCCCCUCCCUUACAACAGCACCAAUGUCUUCAGGAGCUUUGGGUCAGCGUACAGCCGCUCGCACUACCUCCAGCCCUGGCGCUAG